CGUUUCUUCCGACCUUCGUUUUACUGUUACCCGAGAGCUUUAAAUUGUACGAAGAUUGGCUGUAUGAAGAUACCAUUUAUGUGACCAGUUCUUGCUCGCUUUUGUGGUUGCUGAUAAAAGUAUGAGAAAAGUGUUGAAUACCAUAACAACUUAAUAUUCUUCAUGCUUUUAUCCAGUCUUCAAAAGCUUCAACUUUGCCUUCAAAUAAUUUGUAAUAUUUUGGGUCUUAAAUAGGAAUGCUGUUCAGUGUAUGUUCAGUGAGUUCUGGAAAGUGUGUUCUACAACAAUAUCAUGCGCUUGAGUCCACUCAAAUUAUGAUAGAAAGUAAUCCAAGUCUUCGAAUGGUUCCAAGCGUAAAACGAUUGAACUAAAGUGUUGUACCAGCGAAAAGUUGGUAUACAGCAUCAAACACAUCACAUUGACCGGCGUUCCACCAGCAAACCAGCCUAUCCGAGUCAUCACAAAAUGACCGAUAUUAAUCGCACCAAACAGAGCUAUCUGCACAAACACAACGGCAAGAUCGAUCCGCAAUCAGUGCAAUCCCCAUCGGUACUGCACUCCACGGGAUCGAACACAACCGAACAUGGCCGUGCGACCAGCAAUAGCUCAGGCGGCUCGUUGAAACGCAACAAUAGUCAUCAUCAGCGAUUGAAAAAAUCAAACACAAGCACUCUGGACCGAAGCUCUAAUGGCCUGGUGGAGUACGGAGCGGAUCGUACCGGCACUAACUUUAGUCAUCAUCCGCAGCAACAACAGACCGGAACGACCUGUACGAGAUCCGGCGCCGGUUCCGGUCUAGCCAAGAGCUGGUCGAAAACCUCCAGCAGUAGCACCUCACAAUCGACGUCGCAUGGUCUCCCAGCGGAACAAACGCCGCACACUCACGAAACCGGCAUCAGUGGCCGACCUCCGGGGACAAAUUUAGCACCCACCGUCAAAACGGAAGCCUCGCUCAGUGACGAUUUUAAACGCUUCCACACGCUCCGCAACAGCUACGGUGGCAAAUCCAAUUUAAAUGUAAAUAACACCGAUCACAUGAUAAAAUCGCAGGUCCUACUUCACCAGCAGAAGCUGCGCGAGUAUUCUCGACAACUUCCCGCACAGCAGCACCAGCAGCAGCACCAUGACAACGAUAGCUACUCAACCUGCUCUUCGUCGCAAUCCGACUACCAGCAUCCUUCGCAACCACAUCAGCAGCAUCAGCAGCACCAGCAGAACCAUCGCCACAAGCAUCACACUCACUAUCGUGUGCAUCAGCAUCAACACCAUCAGCAGCAGCAGCAGCCACAGCAGCAGGCACAAGCCCACAAUGUCCUACCGACUCAGUCCAUCUACCCCAUCUCCGCCACGGUAGCCGCAACAGCCACGUUGACGCGCGCCGGUGGUGGAGGUUCGAUAUUGAAAAAUGCCACCAACAGCAACCAUCAGGACCCGGUCGGGAGUCGGAACAGCCUCAAACGAGGACCGGGCGGAUUGAGCACGCUGUCACUGUGCAGCUGCGACGCGGAAACGGAGAUAAUACCGAAUCCAUUAAGGCCAUUAUAUCAGUACAGCCUGGACAGGAAAAAUCCUCGCCAGCACACCUACACGUGCGAGCAGAACGCGCAGAUUUUACUGCGACUGGAAAAGGACCGUCAGAAGAAGUUUGGCUCCAUGGGAAAGUUGGUAAGUGUUUAUUCGUUUCGUUUCGUUUUGACUGUGAUUUUCCUUUCAUCCGAUUGUGUGUGUUUGGUGUGGUCGUAUUGAUCAUCUGGGAACUGCGGAAUGUUAUCGGCAUCUUUCUCAUGUUUUUGACGCUUCACUUCUUAAACGAUAUGCGUAAGAUCUUAGAACGCGUAA